AUGAAGCAUUCUAAAAAUUUCUCGAUGAUUAAUCGGCGAUUACUUGGCUGGAAGGGAACUCUACCGUAUUCACAUGAAGGACAUAGUGGUGAAGGGGGUAACUGUAAUUCUGAGAAUGAAAAAUCAACAUCAUUAGAUGGUGAAUUUGAUGAUUCUCAGUUUUCAAGUGAAGAUGAACAUGGUAAUGUUGCUGAUAGUGCAGCUACAAAUGUUGUAGAGGAAUUUGGUAGUUCAAUUGCCCAAAUAAAUGAAGUAGAUUGUGUUGAUUCUGAAGAUGAAUUAAGGAGUAUUAGUUCAAAUUCUGAUGUGGAGGAAGGGAGUAAUUCUAGUUUAGUUUUUAGUGAAUCAAAAUUCAACUUGGAGGAUUUUCAAUUUCAAGAAGGAAUGAUUUUUAAAGAUAACAAGGAGUUUAAGUGGGCAGUUGAAAGGUAUGAAGCAUUGAGAAAAAAGGAUGUCUACUUUGUGAAGAAUGAGCCUAGGAGAGUUAGAGCAAAAUGUAGGGAUGUAAAUUGUGACUGGGUUAUAUUUGGUUCUAGGAGCAAUGAAAAUUGUCCUUUUACCAUUAAAACAUAUAGGCUCAAUCAUAGUUGUGGUGAACAACAUGACAAUCAACUGAUUAAAUCUGGAUUUCUUGCCAAAUAUUAUAAGGAUGAAUUCAAAUUAAAUGAGGAAUGGGGCAGAGUUCAAUUCCAAAGGCAUGUGAAGAAAAAGUUUAGAUGCAAUAUUUCAAAAUUUCAGUCAUUUAGGGCCAAGCAAAAGGCAAAGUUGCUAGUAACUGGUUCUCAAAAUCAUCAGUAUAAUUUGUUGUUGGAUUAUUGUGAAGAACUUAAGAAAACUAACCCUGGCACUACUGUGAAGUUAAUUUUGGACAACACUUAUUCAAUGGAGGGUAGGAGUAGAUUCAAGAGGCUGUAUAUAUGUUAUGGUGCAUGUAAAGAAGGGUUUUUAAAUGGAUGUAGGCCCUUAAUUGGUGUAGAUGGAUGCCAUUUGAAGGGAAAUCAAAAGGGAGGACAAUUAUUAAGUGCAGUUGGAGUAGAUGCUAAUAACAACAUGUACCCAAUUGCAUUUGCUGUGGUUGAAGGUGAGUUAAACGAAACUUGGAAGUGGUUUCUUGAGUUAUUAGAUGGUGAUCUUCAUAUUUCUCAAAACCCCAUUGGAUGGACCUUUAUUUCUGAUAAACAAAAGGGAUUAGUACCUGCUUUUGAAGAGUUAUUUCCAUAUAUAGAACAUAGGCAUUGUGUGAGGCAUCUCCAUGCUAAUUUCAGCAAGGAUGGAUAUGGUGGUCAAGUCAUGAAGCAGAAUUUUUGGGCUGCUUGUAGAUCAACUACAGAAAGUGAAUUUCAAAAGCACUUGGAAGGUUUGAGAUUAUUAAAUCCAAAAGCUGCCCAAUGGAUAUUAGAUAGGGAACCAAGACACUUUUGCAGGGCAUAUUUUUCUGAUUAUCUAAAGUCUGACAUGCUGCUGAAUAAUUUGUGUGAGUCAUUUAACAGCUCCAUUCGUCAUGCAAGGGAUAAGUACAUACUAACAAUGUGUGAGAGCUUGAGAAUUUACCUAAUGUCUAGGAUGCAGAAGAACAGAGACAAAAUGAAGGGAAGUGUAAUGAAAAUAUGCCCUAAAAUCAUAAAAAUUCUUGAACAAAACAAGGCACACACUGGUGAUUUGAUAGCAUACAAAGCAAAUGAUGACAACUACCAAGUUGAAGACAUUUCUGGCUUUUUUAAGACUUACAAGGUAAAUUUGAAUCAAAGAUGUUGCAGUUGUAGGAGGUGGGAUCUUAAUGGAAUCCCUUGUAGUCAUGCCAUUGCAGCAAUUAGAACAAAAGGGGAAGUACCUGAAGAUUAUGUCCAUCAUUGCUAUACUGUGGAAGCAUAUAUGAGGAGUUAUAAACCAGCAAUAAUGCCAAUUCAUCCCUCAGAUUUAUGGACAAAAACUGGCCAAAAACCACCACUACCACCCAAGUAUAAAGUGCAACCAGGCAGACCAAAAAAACUAAGGAAGAGAGAUCCUAUUGAGAAUGAAUCUAUUGUGGGUGAUAAGCUAAUUAGCAAGUUAUCAAGAAAGGGUGAGAAAAAGAAGUGUUCAAUUUGUGGACAAUAUGGCCAUAACAAGCGUAGCUGCAAAAACCAGAGGCAAAAUGAUGUUGAACCCCCUGCCGAAGUUGAAGUUGAACACCCUGUUGCUACUGAAGUUGAAGUUGAACACCCUGUGGCUAAUAUAGCUGCUGAAGUUGAACCACUUGCUGUUGAAGUUGCUAAUGAUGAAUUGGUUGGUCAAUACUCUUAA